AUGCCAGUCAAAGAAUUCAACCAGCCUUAUCCUGUUAUCGAUACAGAUCCUCACUUCUCUCGUGUUGUUAGCUACUUUAGACCUUCAGAUUAUGCUGCAUGGGCAGCUGGUACUGCUGCUGCCCCUGCCUUGUUAUUAGGAAUGGAGAAAAUGAACCCUGUUGGAUCAGCUCGUAGCUUGCGCAUGCCUCUUCGUCUUGCUACCGUAUUCGGUGCUGUCGGUGGCUUUUUGUAUGCUUACCAAUGCAGUAGCUUCCGUUUCUGGGGUUGGACUGAAAAUGCUGCUGAAAUUGCCAAGGAUAAAGCUGAAAUGGCUCAACGCUUAAAGGAAGGAAAAGCAUUGUAUGGAGAUAGCUACAUGCCUGAACACAUUCAGGAUACCUCUGCCAGAACCUCCAGAUAUUCACAACUGAAGUUUGGUGCCAUCCCAUGGUUCAACUUUGCUAAUCACAACAACCACGGAGUUGAUACCUCAAAAUACACUGAAGCUUAA